AAUCCCAUUAAAGUCCACCAUAGCUUCCUGCUGCUCGGGCCCCCGUCUCCGGCGACCGGAUUCCACAAUCAACCCUACAAAUCUGGCAUUGAUGGCGAACUGAAGCAGACACCGAAGAUGCCUCUGAUUCGACGACGCCGGCCACCUGAGGACGAUGACACUGCUCCGGCUCCGAAGCCAGAUCAAGACGACGAUUCCAAGAAGAAGAAGUCAGCGGCCAAGAAGGCCAAGGGCGGCGACAAGAGCGGUAAAAAGUGGUCGUGCGUUGACACCUGCUGCUGGUUUAUCGGCUGCGUCUGCACCGUGUGGUGGAUUCUGCUGUUUCUUUACAAUGCGAUGCCGGCGUCGUUCCCGCAGUACGUCACGGAGGCGAUCACCGGGCCGUUGCCGGACCCUCCCGGCGUCAAGCUGCGCAAGGAGGGGUUCAAGGCCAAGCAUCCGGUCGUGUUUGUGCCCGGAAUCGUCACCGGAGGGCUUGAGCUAUGGGAGGGCCACCACUGCGCCGACGGCCUGUUCCGGAAGCGCCUAUGGGGCGGCACAUUUGGGGAAGUAUACAAGAGGCCUUUAUGCUGGGUGGAACAUAUGUCACUAGACAAUGAAACAGGGGUGGACCCUCCUGGUAUAAGGGUCAGGCCAGUCACUGGGCUUGUAGCUGCUGAUUACUUUGCUCCGGGGUACUUUGUCUGGGCAAUUCUGAUUGCUAACUUGGCUCGAAUUGGAUAUGAGGAGAAAACCAUGUACAUGGCUGCGUAUGAUUGGAGAAUUUCAUUUCAAAACACUGAGGUGCGGGACCACACGCUGAGCCGAAUAAAAAGUAAUAUAGAGCUAAUGGUUGCUACAAAUGAUGGCAACAAGGCUGUCAUUAUUCCACAUUCAAUGGGUGUUUUGUACUUUUUGCAUUUCAUGAAGUGGGUUGAGGCACCAGCUCCAAUGGGUGGUGGAGGCGGUCCAGGUUGGUGUGCCAAGCACAUAAAGGCAGUAUUGAAUAUAGGUGGGCCAUUUUUAGGUGUUCCUAAAGCUGUGUCAGGUCUUUUUUCUGCGGAAGCUAGGGAUAUUGCAGUUGCCAGGUAUUUCUCUACUUUAUCUCCUCUCUAGCAAAAAGUUUAUUAU